AUGGCCCAUAAGGAUGGAAACGAGUCAGACGGUGAUGAAUCUCGAGGUCAGAUGGUUCAACAUGAAUCAGCAUUAGCAGAGGAAGUAAGGAUGUUGAGACAACAAAUGGCUGACAUGUACCAGGCUUGGAUGAAUGGGCAAGCUCCACCAUCUUCAAUCCCUGGAUUCCCGGAUGUGACUAUGUCAAUCCCCAUUGAAACCCCGACAAGUGAUCCACUUUUUCCUCCUGGAUUUGGUCCACAUGUUAACAUAUCCAACACUUUUGGAACUUCCACUGUGCGCCCUCCAAAUGCACCCCUCAGAAAUAACCCACUUUUCAUCCCCGCUGUACAAACUACUACAAUCCCUCAACCAACAUUGGUACAGAAGUCCAAUAAUGAGCCUCCAUCUAAAGGUCAACACGAUCAAUAUUAUUCUCCGGAAUUGACCUUUAAAGUCCCAGACUCGUAUAACCCCUUUCAGCUGUAUAGUUCCCCCGUCGAGAUUGAGAAAACUGCUAAGAAUGAGGGACAAGAAGAAAUGGCUAGAAAAAUGAAGAGUCUAGAGCAGAGUGUGAGGACUAUGCAAGGAUUAAGAGGUCCAAAAAGCGUCUCAUACAGAGAUUUGUGUAUGUUCCCCAAUGUUCAUUUGCCCCCUGGUUUUAAGACUCCGAAGUUUAAGAAGUACGAUGGUCACGGUGACCCUGUAUCACACUUGAAGAAGUAUUAUAAUCAACUAAGAGGGGCAGGGAGUAAGGAAGAAUUACUCAUGGCAUAUUUUGGAGAAAGUCUAGUGGGAAUUGCCUCAGAAUGGUUCAUCGAUCAAGAUAUUUCUAAUUGGCCUACAUGGGAUGACAUGGCAGGAGAUUUUGUUCGACAAUUUCAAUAUAACAUUGAUAUUGUGCCUGAUCGCACUUCUCUCGCCAGUAUAAGAAAAAAGCCUACCGAGAGUUUUAGAGAAUAUGCUAUCAAGUGGAGGGAACAAGCUGCCAGGGUCAAACCACCGAUGAAGGAGUCGGAAAUGAUUGAUGUUUUCCUCCAGGCACAAGAACCUGAUUACUUCCAUUGCUUGCUUUCCAUAGUGGGAAAGACAUUCGCAGAAGCAAUUAAAGUUGGGGAAAUGGUUGAAAAUGGCAUCAAGUCCGACAAAAUUGUGAGUCAGGUAGCACUCAAGGCUACCACCCAAGCAAUUCAAAAUGGGUCUGGUGGUUUUGGAAAUCGAAAAAAGAAAGAGGAAGGAUCCAUGAUGGCAUCAGGGUCCAGUGCUGCUCAAAGGGGGACAAACCACCAAAUCUUACGAGGACAAUCCAACUCACCUCAACAUUUUUAUCCGCAUCAGGAUCCCCACUACUUAAUUGCUCCACCCCAAUUUACGGUUUUCAACACCCAGGCAUAUGCCCGACCUCCUCAACGCCAACAAUGGAGGGCGCCUGCUCCACAAGGCUUUCGUCCCCAACAACAAAAUUUUCAAGCACCUUAUAAUCCACGUCCUAAGACUUAUUAUGUAAGAGAACAAAGACAGAGGGAAAAUUUCACCCCAAUUGGAGAAUCAUACACAAGCCUGUUGCGGAAAUUGAUACAAUUGGGUUUGAUUGAACCUAUCAUGUCGUAUAAUGUCAACCCAAAUGCAAGAGGUUUUGACCCCACUGUCAGGUGCGAAUAUCAUUCUAACGCUCAGGGUCAUAGCACAGAAAAUUGUUUUACUUUGAAGAGAGCCAUUGAGAAGCUAAUUGAUGACAAAGCGAUUGUGAUACAUGACAAAGAGGCUCCGAAUGUCACCAACAACCCACUUCCUUCUCACAACAAUGCUCAUGUUGUUGGGAUGAUCUGUGACGAUAAGGAAUACAAGCAAACAGGCAAAACAAUAAUGGAAAUUGACACCUUAAAAGAAGGGUUGGGUAUGGUGACAAAGUCUGCACGAGAAGCACUAUUGUGUGUAAAAGUUGCAAGUUCUAAUGUGAAUCUCAAAGGCUCAGGGAAGUUGAUAUUGUAUGUUCCUGGAGCCACAAAGAAAAAAGAGACAUUAGUAACUGGACCAAAAUUAUAUGUUCCUAGUGGUUUUCCCAGGUUUGGUCAAAACCAGAAUGGUUUAGGAAAGAUGACAGAACCAAUUGUGAUAAAGCACACGACACAACUUCCGGUGACAAACAUGAAAACUGUCCUAUGGAACUACAACAAAAUCACUGUGACUUACAAGGGCAAGGAGAUUGUUGAAGAAAUAGACGAAACCGGUGGCUUAACGCGUUCUGGGAGGUGUUAUGCUCCAGAAGAAUUAAGGAGAGCCAAACAAGCUAGGGAUAGCCAAUUUCCAGUGAAAAAACCUAUCACUGAAGAGGAGGCUGAAGAGUUCAUGAAGAAGAUGCAAGUUCAGGAUUACUCUAUUGUUGAUCAGUUGAGAAAAACUCCUGCUCAGAUUUCAUAG